AUGAAUGAUGCCCGAGUUUAUUUAAUACACUAUGAGGAAAAGUUGCGACGCAAACGGCAAAGAGCGUCUGUACGCGAAUUAUCUAAAGCCAUGGAGAUGCCAGAGGAGGAGUUCCUUGAAAAUUUUAAAAUUGGUAAGGACAUGGUACAUUACUUGUGUGAAGAGUUGGAAGAAGAUCUAGCUCCUUGUACAGCUGAUGGUCUACCUGUCCUUAUUAAGGUUUUAGCUUCACUGAAGGUACUUAUUAAUGGCCACUACCAACGUGGUAUUGGCAAAAACCAAAAUUUAAGCCUUGGGCAAACAACGGUCAGUAAAUUUUUAAAUCAAUUUGUUGGUGCUGUAAAUCGGAAAUAUCCUAUGCAAUCAAUAGAGAUAGAGGACAAUGAGAUCAAUGCCAUCACUGAAAAUAAUUCAGUUUCAAAUAUGAGGAUGCUGGAGCUAGCAAAUACUAAAAGAGACGAAAUUGUGUCGACCUAUUUUUCGUAA